GUUCAGAGAGGUGUAGUAUUGUGGAGUUGUGCAUCCGGAACUUUAGCAGUAUUCGUGGUUUUGAAUUUGCAUUUGAGUAACCUGUUAAUUAUAGUUAGCUACUGUUGUGACUUUAUCGACAAUUUAUCUAUUUGUAAGAUGGACUUAAUUAUUAAGGCAACACCGCGUCUUUGGGGCAAUGUAGCGGCGGCGUAGGAAUGUCAGCUCAGCACGAUUUCUCUUGUUUAUCAUGACCUCACUGUCAGCCCAGGCUCCGGCAUCAAGCUCAUGCAGGACUCUGCCUGGAGAGGGAAAUCAGGUACAACCAAAGGCCCCUCUCCUACAAAUCCUGCGUGUUGCUGGAGCACAUGAAGAAGUCUUCACACUCAAAGAGGUGAUGCACUACCUGGGUCAGUACAUCAUGGGGAAGCAACUGUACGACAAACAGAGGCAGCACAUAGUCCACUGCCAGGACGACCCCUUAGGAGAACUUCUGGAAGUGGAAAGCUUCUCUGUUAAAAACCCAAGCCCAGUCUAUGAAAUGCUUAAGAAGUACCUGGUUGUGCCUGGUUGCACUGACGCUGCAGAGAAUCUGUCUGUGGGCCGUGAGUGUGUAGAGGGCGGAGUGGAAGACCGUGGUCAGAAAUGUGGAGGUGUGGUUAAAGCAGGAGUAGAGUCAGGCUGUGACGUGCCUCUCCUGCAGACCCCCUCCCAGAGACGACCGCGAGAGCCAGACGAUGAUUCCAUUGAAGGCCUGACGCGGUCUGCAUGCAAACGCCCCAAACUAGAUGUCACUCUGGAUGAUUGGGAUCUCUCCGGUCUGCCCUGGUGGUUCCUGGGAAAUUUGCGAAGUAACUACAGCCGCAGAAGCAACGGCUCCACUGACAUCCACACAAACCAACUGUCUCCUGCACAGGAGGAGGACACAGCCAUCGUUUCUGAUACCACUGAUGACCUGUGGUUCUUGACUGAGGGUGAGAGUGAACAGGUGAGCGUGGUGAUGAAAGAGGCGGCGCUAGAGGAGGGGUGCGGGGCCGAGAGGGAAGCAUCGCCCGAGGAUGAUGAUGGAGGAGGGAGAGACGAGAAGGCUGACCGAGAGAUGCAGGAGGAGCCAGACGAAGACUCCCAGUGUUUGAGUGAUGACACAGAUAUAGAGAUCUCCACACAGGAUGCAUGGCAGUGCACUGAGUGCAGGAAGUACAACACACCUCUACAGAGGUACUGUGUUCGAUGCUGGGCCCUGCGCAAAAACUGGUACAAAGAUAUCCCCCGACUUGCCCAUUCCCUUUCUGUUCCUGACAUCCCGGCGUGCAGUUCCCUCACCACCCACGAUGAGGACGACGACAGCGAUGCUGGCAUUGACGUCCCAGACUGCAGCAGGACGGUGUCUGACCCUGUCAUCCUUCCCUCUCACUCCAAUGCAGAUCGGCCGCUGCCCACCAUGUCAGCAGGGAGGAGUCAGGGGCCUCGGCCCUCAGCCUUCCUCAAGGCUGAUCUGCAUUCAGGAGUUGAGAGUCAGGAAGACCUGGGCAUGGAGGUAGAGGAAGUCAGGCCCGAGGCUCUGUUAGAGCCCUGUAAGCUCUGCCGAGUGCGACCCCGCAAUGGAAACAUAAUACAUGGACGCACAGCUCACCUGCUAACAUGCUUCCCAUGUGCAAGGAGGCUGCAUAAGUUCCAAGCCCCUUGUCCAGGAUGUGGGAAGAUCAUACAAAAUGUUAUUAAGAUAUUUAUCCUUUAAAAAUGUCCCUCCCUCCUUUACAUUCAUUCACUACAGUCUGGUUGAGGUCUUUACUGUAGACAAAAACACACAUAUUUGACGAUACAGUUGCAUGCACCUUACACUUAAGGCUACAUCGAUACAAAGAUAGCACUUGGUGACACUUUCUCUGUCGUGUAAGUUAAUUUGCGUCACACUGCCUCCUGAAACUUUUCCACACUCAGUCAGACAUGUUUAUUAUUUGGGUGCCACAUUCAAAUACUAUACGCAAUGCACAGCUAUUUGGAAAAGAUUACUAGACUUGAUGAAGGCUUUUCUUUAAAGACUGCAUUUUCUCCUGGGUUUUUCCAUUGCAGUUCAAAGACCCAUGUUCACUUUCACUUGUAGGUGUGGGGUCUCUGACCACAUGAUUGAAGGACAACUGAGCUGUUUGUAACACAACUGGUCACCUCGUCCACAUGAACACAUCAAACAGUGCUUUUUCUUUACAAACCUCUUCAUCUCAGAAACAGUGAAUGUGACGUAGUAGGAAACAAAUGUGAUCCAAUGAUGGCCUGUUUUACCUGACAUAGUAUUAUAUAAAAAAUGCAGAAUCAAACCUAUAACCUGCUUGAGAAUGCGCAGCUAAAGUAUUUACUGUAGUUUUUCCUUAAAGUGGUAAUUUGAUGUUAAAAUGUAUUCAAUAUACUCUCAAAACGUGGACAAAUUUGUCUGCAGUAAUUUAUGUUCUAAUUGCCAAUUAAUGUUGAAAUGGUAUCAUACUGAAACAAUGCUUCUCUAUCCUUGGUGGUCUUAUAAUGAAAAAUAUUCUGUAUAUCUAGUGUUUAAUUUAUUUCUCAGUCAGAUUAGUUUUUGUUGUUUACGUGGAAUGAAUCAGAAUAAUGUGGCACUUGUUAAAGUUCCCAAGUUGUGAACAUUUUCAACAAAUUGAUUUCUGAAAUGUGGACUUUUUCAGGCAAAAGAAAACGUAAGAGGUGAUUACUGCAGUACUUAGGAGGAGGGUAUUUAAUUUAAGCAUUUCACUGCCAAUGAAUGACUUAUUUGUAUAUAAUAGUUUAUUUUAAUUGAUCUGCAUUAUUUGAAGAGUUUAGUUACGAUUUAACAGAUGAAGACCAACGGUGACGUGUAACACCUUUUCUUUUCUUUUUUUUGAUGAUAUCGUUCUGUUGUUCUCUGCUCUUAACUUGUGCUUAAUCUGCCAGCAGAUGGAGAAAAGACUCGACGUUGUGUCUGGUGCACAGUGAAGCUGUACAAUACCACUGACGACAUGUAAUGCUUGUGUAGAGCAUGCCUCCUGUUGUGACCCACACCAGCACUGAGCUGUUGUGAGAGCUGUAUCAGCUGUAUAAAAGUUAUUCCAAAAUGAACACGUUGUAUUUAUCUUCUCUGCGCCGCCUUAAACGAACCUCCCGUGGACACGCGUACCACCGAUAAUAAUCCACAUUGACGACAACAAUGAUGGAAAAAUGUGAUUGAAGAAAGUGCCGCUAAAGUUUAAUGGUUUUGUACAAUAUCCGAAUAAAAACGGUCUGCUGCGUCCAAUAAAAGUUGGAAGAU